UGCUCUGCAUGUAUAGAAAUUCGGUCAUAUGUACGAGAGAGCGAGCGGGGAACAGAGAAAUAGAGUGACAAUGGUGAGGAUAUUAUCCAUGGCGUCGUCGAUUAAACCUUCGCUGUCCUGAUUUAGGUCUGCGGCUGCUGCAGGGCUUCCUUCUCGCUUCGCUGUACCCUUCUGUUCGUGUUUCCAGAAUUCUUGUCGCCCUCUCAGCUUAUUGCAUCUUGGCAGUGCUGAAGUGCUAGAGCAUAAGCUAAGGAAGUAUAUGAGCAGAUUCCAGUACCAAGAUUGGCUAAAAAUAGAUUUGAGGUAUCACAGUUGCAGCAGUGAAAUUAAAAAGAUUAUAGUCUCCCAGUUUUCCAGCCACCAAAGAAAGUAUAGCACCGCCAAUGGCGUCCUUUCUCCCAAAGUACUUCCUGAUGAAGCAUAUCCUAUUCUUCAAUCCAGUGCUCUUCAGCACUGGUUCAAGAAUUGGCAAGAAUUGAGGAAGCAUAAAUUGACAGCAAGUACUUUUAGUGGGGCUAUUGGUUUUUGGCCUAAAAGAAGAGUCCAGCUAUGGUUGGAGAAGAUUGGGGCAAUAGAACCAUUUUCUGGUAAUUUGGCUACAUGUUGGAGUAACAUCAAGGAAGAGGAAGCUCUUGAAAGAUAUAAGCUAAUAACAGGGAACACUGUAUGCUUUCCUGAUUUUCAAGUUUAUAGGAAAACCAACCAUGAAGAAGAUGACUGGCUUGCAGCUUCUCCAGAUGGGCUAGUUGAGAGCCUUAUUUAUGGUUUGCCCUCUAGAGGGGUUCUGGAGGUCAAAUGCCCUUUUUAUGAUGGGGAUAUGACUAAAGCUUUCCCAUGGCAGCGGAUCCCUCUCCACUAUAUUCCACAAGCUCAAGGUUUAAUGGAGAUACUGGACCGAGACUGGAUGGACAUGUAUGUAUGGACUGUUAAAGGAAGUAGUCUCUUUCGGAUGUAUCGAGAUCCAGAAUACUGGGAUGCUCUUAAGAUAGCUUUAUCUGAUUUUUGGUGGAAGCACGUUCAUCCGGCAAGGGAAUUGUACACAAAUUCAGCAAUCUCAAAUCCGCUUUUUGAGUUAAGAUCAUUUAGGCCUGCACCAAGGCAUGAAUUAUGUAGCUUUUUAGUUUAUGAGAGUAAAAGGAUCGUUGAUAAUUCCGGGUUAAUAAUGCGUGAGAUUCAUGGAAAAUUGGUAGACUAAUCCAUCUUGAGACCAACAUGGGUCACUGUAAUUAGAUUUAGAAACAGAAGACGGAUUGGUUUUAUCUGUUCAAAAUGAAAACUGAGGUAAGUCUUUCCAGGGGUGUGAAGUUGAUUGGCUUGGUCAGGAUGAGGCAAAUAGAAGCUGCUUUUCUAUAGGAGGUUUACCACAAAAAAGCUUCUUCAUAAGACCUGAUAUAAUCACUUUUGGUUCAGAGGAAUAAGUUCUUGAGUUCUUCAAUUGCAUCAUGCGAUUGGGGAUUGCUUUCAUUCCCAAGAUUUAGCAUUAUAUAUUUCUAUGUAUGCGGUUGGUGACUAUGGGCUUUGUGAGAACUUCAGUUAGAUCAGAUCUCUUAUACUGACUACCAAGAAAUCAGCAUUGUCUGAAGGCUGGUAAAUGGGUUUUGAGCUAAUUCUUCAAACAAUUGAUAAGAAGUUGAAAAAGGGUAUCCUUUUCCAUGCAGAAGGAAUGAACAAGUAUUCCAUGUCUCCAGACAUAACAAUAGAAGCAUCCUGAUCUGCUCAUUUUCCAAGAUCUGAUAAUUUCCUGAUGCUGGGACUAAGGACAGGUUAGCUAGGUAGAGAGUUCUACAACCUUUGGUCACAUUUAAGCUUUUAGGCCCCGCCAGGAAUAUGGACUGCACUUUUUUUUCCACCCCUUUUUGUCCUUCAAAACAGGUGGCAAAGCUGUUUGGCGGCAAUCUUAAAUCAUCAUCUUCUGGAGACAAGGAUAUAUAGUAGAUGGAAAAGAUACCAUUACGCUCUUUAAAAUUCUUCUCAAGCAUAUAAGCAUCUGUGGAAAUCUUCAAUUCCUACUAUAUGUAGUUUCUACAUCUUUACAUGUUGUUUGGCAUUUUCUACUUUUAAGUGAUAAGUACUGCAUUUCCAACAAGAUAAAAAUGGCUUCUCUGGAAAUGACUUGACAGACUUUGUAAGACUUCACUUGUUAGUUUUAUAUUUGUUGAAAUGGUUCCAACUUCCAUCGUUUUGAGGCGUAGUUGCGAGAUUUCCUUCCUUGGUAGCUAUAACUCUAGUAUCUUGUUAAUUCCAAAAUUUUUGUUGAUACAGAGGAUGUGCUGCUGUUGACUUAUUGGCUGCAUUAUUAGCAUUUUCGGGAAAGUUUUUGUUGCACUUCUCUGAAGAAGCCUGAAUUUUGCUUAGGCAGGAUUACAGUUAGACCAAACAAAUCAAAGAACUCUUGCUGGCUUGCAUUAUGCAACGGGUUCCAGAUUUAUGUUCUCUUUGACUUGUUCUUCCUCACAUGUUAAUAAAUUCUCUCUCUGUUCUUGUGUAGCAAAAUAUACUGAAGACAAUUAACCAGCUACAUAGCCCCGGUGCCCAAGGAACUCUAUGGCAUUAUAUGUAUAGGGUUAAAUCCAGGAAAUCCGAGACGAUGCAGUUUGUGCCUGGAAUAAUUGCUAUUA